AUGGCACCAGACGCACCUGCCGGUGAUCUGCCCACGAAACAUGGUGUGUCCACUGCGGAAGCAAUACAGCAGGAGCCACAGGCUCCUGAUUCACAAGUAGAAGACGUGGACCGCUCCGAACCCAAGGAGGCAUCGCAAGCGGAGCCUACGACGUCUGCUUCACCGGAGGAGGAGCGCUCCAACGAGCUGAACCAUCCAGAUACGUCAAAAGAAUCAGAAGAGAAUCAAGAUACGAAUUCUGUCAUUGAUAAGACGGACCAUGAGCCGAUCCCGGAAGAAGCUUCUACCCCAGAAGUUCCGCAGGAGCCAGCGCCUGCGAACAUUGCGCCAGAGUUGACUUCUGCACCUGCCACGGAUCCAUCGAUGGUGUCCAUGCCGCAAGAAAAAGAGUCUUUGCCGGCAUCAGAGCCGGUGCCUGAGGCGGAAGCUGUGGCAGAGAAGCCUCCGUCGCAGCCCUCAGAGCAGGCACCUGCCACGCCGACCAUGCAGCAUUCCAAACUGUCUGCCAAUAGUUUGAGCCGCGGCGGUGCGGUGUUCGUGAUAUCAGCCCUUGAGGCUAUUUCGGCGUCAAAGGAAACUCGGCGGAACAAGACGUUGAAAGAAGCUACAACGACAGCGCUUGAUAUGGUGCGGCGCGCCACGGGCACAGAAUCGAACACGGCGGGGCAGCCAAUGGUGCUCGACCCGCGCGUUGUGUUUGAGCCACUGCGCCUCGCGUGUGAAUCCAAGAAUGUAGCCCUGCUCACCACCUCUUUGGACUGUAUUGCCAAGCUAGUGAGCUAUGCCUUUUUUGCAGAGGACCAUGCACAGGCACACGCCGACUCGCCACUAGCGGAUCUCGUUGUUGAGACAGUUUGCAACUGCUUUGACGAUCAGAUGGAUGAGCGCGUAUCUGUACAGAUUGUAAAGGCAUUGCUGGCGUGUGUAUUGUCAGCCGGACUGCGCGUGCAUCAAACGAGUUUAUUGCGGUCAGUGCGAACGGUCUACAAUGUGUUUUUGAUCAGUCGAACGCCUGUGCACCAGGGCAUCUCGCAGGGCGCGCUAGAUCAGAUGGUGAGCUACGUAUUUCAGCGUAUGCCCCUGGGCGAUGCAGCAGCAGAAGCGGCCUCAGACACCCAUGCGAAUACGGAGCCCAUCACACUGCAAAUGCUAGAGAGCCGGCAUUCGCUCGAAGCUGGUGAGCGGGAAGACACGGCCGGUGAGCCGAUCGACGCACCUGACCUGCUCGUCAAAGAUGCGUUCUUGGUGCUUCGGGCGCUGUGUAAACUGACCAUGAAGCCCCUGAGCACUGAGAGCGAGCGGGAUAUCAAGUCAUAUUCGAUGCGGUCCAAGCUGUUGGCGCUCCGUACCGUGAAGCAUGUGCUGCAGAAUCACAUGAACGUAAUUACCGCAGCGAAUGUGCGAUUUCACAGCACAGCCAGUGGUGGAGCAUCGACGUUUGUGCAGGCUGUGAAGCAAUACCUGUGCUUGUGUAUCAGUCGUAACGCUGUGAGCAGUGUGCUGCCUGUCUUUGAAGAGAGCUGUGACAUUUUCUGGCUUGUCUUGUCCGGCAUGCGAAACAAGAUGAAGAAAGAAAUCGAGGUUCUGAUGAACGAAAUCUACUUGCCGAUCUUGGAGAUGCGCUCGAGUCCCAUGGCGCAAAAGACGGUGCUCCUCAAUACGCUGCAGAGGCUCUGUAGGGACCCGCAGGCGUUGGUCGAGGUGUAUCUGAAUUACGACUGUGAUCGCACGGCCCUCGAAAACCUGUAUGAGCGUCUUAUGAAUGUGAUUUCGCGACUCACGCAAACCUUGCCGGCCGAAGGUCAGCCAUCGUCGGAUGAGCAGCAGUCACUGGACGUGCGACUUAAGCACCGCAGCCUCGAAUGCCUGUGCAGUGUGUUGCAAUCACUCGUGGCGUGGAUGGGUCGAUUUGUGGAAGAGCCAUCAGUUGCGUCGGCAGACGAAGCUGUCGUGCCGGAAGAAGAUCGUGAUAUGGCUCCGUCAGCGGCGGUGGCAGCUUCUGUGCCCUCGACGCAAGCCCUCGACGAUGACCCUGGUCAGUUUGAGAGUGCGAAGCAGCGCAAGACGGUGUUACUGGAGGCCAUCCGCACUUUCAACUUUAAGCCCAAGCGCGGUAUUCAGCAGCUGAUCGCACAUGGGUUUGUUCGAGCGAAUGAUCCGCUCGCUGUUGCGCGCUUCCUCUUCUUUGCGGACGGACUCAGUAAGCGCUCCAUCGGUGAAUACCUGGGCGAAGGCGACGCCGAGAACAUUGCUACGAUGCAUGCCUUUGUGGAUCUGAUGGAUUUCCGCGACAUGCCACUGACAACGGCUUUGCGACGCUUCCUUCAGGCGUUCCGGCUGCCAGGCGAAGCACAAAAGAUUGACCGGUUCAUGCUCAAGUUUGCCGAGCGGUACACGGAGGGCAACGAGACUACCUUUGCCAAUGCUGACACGGCAUACAAGCUGGCGUACUCGGUCAUUAUGCUCAAUACGGAUGCCCACAACCCGCAAGUCAAGCACCGAAUGACACUUCAGGACUUUAUCAAAAACAAUGCGGGUCUGGACGACGAUCGUGAUUUGCCGGAAGAGUACUUGACGGCCAUUUAUGAUGAAAUUCAAAAGAACGAAAUCAAACUGAUUGGAGAGGAGGCGCCCAGUGUGCCGACAUCCAGUGGCUUGGCCGGAGUGAUUGCCACCGUCGGACGCGACUUGCAGCAUGAAGCAUACGUUCUGCAGACCCAGGGCAUGGCAAAUCGUACGGAGGUCUUGUUCCGGACAAUGCUGCAUGCACAGCAACAGGCCGGUGUGCACCGAACUCUCGCCGACCGCUACUUUAGUGCGUCGCACAUUGAACACGUGAAGCCGAUGUUUGAAGUUGCCUGGAUGUCGUUCCUAGCGGGGAUGUCGGCGCCGUUGCAGGAUUCGAACGAUGCCGAGAUUAUCCACAUGGCGCUGGAUGGCUUUAAGAAUGCCAUCAAGAUUGUCUGCUUCUUUGGUCUCGAGCUGGAACGCAACGCUUUCAUUACAACGCUCGCGAAAUUUACAUUCCUUAACAACUUUGGUGAAAUGAAGAGCAAGAAUGUCGAGACGAUCGAGGCACUGCUUGACAUUGCACACACCGAAGGCAACUUUUUAUCAGGCAGUUGGCGCGAGAUUUUGACCUGCGUGAGUCAGCUUGAGCGCUUCCAGCUGAUCUCCGGUGGCGUAGAUGCGCGCACGCUGCCAGAGCUCGGUCGCCGGCCCUCGGGCUCGGUAUCACGCACAAGCGCAAACGGUGGGCGCACAGCGACGCAUCGGCCCAACGAGGAUGUCAUGCAGGCAGGUGCCUCCAGUGAGAUUACCGUAUCGGCUGAUCGCGUGUUUUCUGCGACUCCGCAACUAUCUGGUGAGGCCAUCGUCGAUUUUGUGCAGUCUCUGUGCGACGUGUCGUGGGAGGAGAUCCAGAGCUCGGGUAUGUCAGAGAACCCGCGUUUGUUUUCGCUGCAAAAGGUCGUGGAGAUCUCGUACUACAAUAUGGGCCGUAUCCGUAUGGAGUGGUCACGCCUCUGGACGAUUCUCGGCGAGCAUUUCAACCAUGUGUGCUGCCACCCCAACCCUGCCGUUAAUGCCUUUGGUCUCGACUCACUUCGGCAGCUGGCGAGUCAGUUCUUCGAAAAAGAGGAGCUCCUCCACUUUACGUUCCAAAAGGACUUCUUGAAGCCGUUUGAGUACACGAUGCGCCGCAACCGCGACGUGAAUGCUCGAGAAAUGGUGCUGCAGUGCCUGGAACAGAUGGUGCAGACGCGUGCGGAGCGUAUCCGCUCCGGUUGGACAACCAUUCUGGGCGUGCUGGGUGUAGCAGCCGGUACGAAUGAGCGAAUUGCCCUCUAUGCCUUUGAGCUAGUGCGGCGCAUUCAGCAGCAGUAUUUGCAAGCUGUGCUCGCGAACCGCUCUUUCUCUGAGCUGUGUGUAUGUAUUGCACAAUUUGGCAAGGCUGCGAAUCAGCGCGUGAGUUUGCCAGCCACCGAGUUGCUCCGUGCGUUGGUCCCCACGGCCCAUGGCGCUGCCGUUCCGGACGAUGCCUUGCCGAGCUCGCUGUGGCUAGCGAUGCUAUUCUCGCUCUAUGACAUUUUGAUGACGGGCGAUGAUCUCGAAGUGCGUCGUGUGGCGCUCGACUCGUUGUUUUCGAUUUUGACGGAGCAGGGCGCCUCGUUUAGUAUGGCAUUUUGGGACGAAAUUUGUCACGACGUGCUGUUCCCGAUCUUCAAUGUGCUGCGGAAUCGCUCUGAUGUGACGCGAUUCACGACGCAGGAAGACAUGAGCGUGUGGCUCUCGACGACCAUGAUUCAGGCACUUCGGCAGCUUGUGGUACUGUGGACACACUUUUUCGACACGCUCAAACCGCGUCUUUCGGGUCUGCUGGAGCUAUUGUGUGCGUGUAUAUGCCAGGAAAAUGAUACGCUCGCUCGGAUCGGUACUUCAUGCCUCCAGGCGCUGAUUGUGAAGAAUAUGACACGAAUGGACGACGAGUGCUGGCAGCAGGUUAUUGAUGCCUUCCUGCGACUCUUCCGUGCUACGACGGCCUCGCAAGUGUUCGACCCAUCGCUGUCCUCGCCAGAAGAUGUCAUGCCCGCACAGGAGCGCCGCCAGGCCUUUAAGCAGAUUAUUGUCAAGUGCGUGUUGCAGCUGCUGCUGAUCGAGACCUCGAAUGAGCUGCUUCGUAACACGGAAGUGUACGAGGCUGUGCCUGUGCCGCAGUUGCUGCGUUUGACAGCGGCGCUCGAGGAUAGCUACCGCUUCUCGCGCCGCUUCAAUGCCGAUCGCUCGCUGCGCACGGCGCUCUGGAAGGUCGGGUUCAUGAAACAGCUGCCGAAUUUGCUGAAACAGGAAAGCACGUCAGCCUCGACACUCGUGUACGUGUAUUUGCGCAUGCAUAACGACCAUCGUCCAAGCUUCGCCACGUACCGCCGCGAAGUCAGCGACCGGUAUCUGCCCUUGGCUGAGGAGAUUGUAAGUGUGUACUUGCCCCUGGAUAAUGAGACCCAGGCGCGCAACAUUGCAGCUUGGACACCCGUGGUCGCACAGGUCCUGCAGGGCCUAGCGGCUAUGUACGAACUGGAUCCAAGCGGGCAUGUACCUGCCACGCCCACUUUCUUCAUGCUUGUGAUCGAGCUGCUAGACAAAAUCACCUUGGCGCCGGCGCUCGCUGCGCCCCUCAAGCGCUACCUCGGCGCCGUGGGCACAGCGCAUGGCCUUAUUGACAGCGAGGCGGCUGCAGCGCGAGCAUAUGCGCGGGAACAGGCGCGUGCUGAGAUGCUGCACGCGGCGCCGACGCCACGCAGCAGUACGCCGAUCUCAUCGCAGGCGGACCAGUCGCAGGCGGAUCUGCGUCACAUGUCGCUGGUAAAUCCAUCCUUCGAUGCACUAUCUACAACAGCGGGUGCAGGCGCACCAUCCUAA